UUGUUCUCUUAUCCAAAUUCAACACAUCAAUAUGUUAUUUGCUAUUAACACCCUCUUAUAUCUCCCAUCAAAGUGAUGAACUAACUCUGUGCAGAAUUUUGUAAACAAAAGAAAGCCAGUAAAUUCGAGCUGAAACUCCAAGUAACUGAGUGAUCAAUGGCAGCAACAGCAGCUACCGCGAUUUUUGCUGUGUCAAAACAGCAUAUUCCGGUUAGUAAUGGAAGCCCCGGAACUUUGCUUCUAGGCAAUAAUCUGAUUGGUAGUCCACUGCGUGAGAAUCCUAUAACACGAAAUAAAGUUAUCAGCAUCAAGGAUCGGCAAGUUAGAGCUGUUGCGACAGAAGCAGCUGUCGCAACAAGUCCAAAAGAUGAGAUAAAGGAGUUUGUGCUGCCUAAAUGGGCUGAAUUUGAGUUCGGAAUAGCUCCUGUAUUUUGGAAAACCAUGAACGGACUUCCUCCAACUGCGGGAGAAAAACUCAGAAUUUUUUACAAUCCAGCUGCUGCCAAACUUGAGCCUAAUGAAGAAUUCGGAAUAGCCUUUAAUGGUGGUUUUAAUCAGCCAAUUAUGUGUGGGGGUGAGCCAAGAGCGAUGCUCAAAAAAUCGAGAGGCAAAGCUGAUGCUCCGAUCUAUACCAUUCAAAUAUGCAUUCCUAAGCAUGCUAUGAACUUGAUUUUCUCCUUCACCAACGGAUCCGAGUGGGAUGGUCCUUACAGACUGCAGUUUCAAAUUCCCAGGGGUUUGCAAAACAAACCAGUCAAUUUCUUUAAUGAGGGCCUAGCAGAAGAGUUGAGCAAAGAGGGUGCUUGUGACAAGGCAAUCUUUCCAGACACAAACAUUGUCAUCACAAGAUGUGCCAUUGCUGGCAAUCUGACCGCCGAAGGGGGUGAUCGCUGUAAUUUGGAUCUUGUACCGGGAUGCCUAGAUCCAAGCUCGCCUAUGUUUAACCCACUUGCCAAUGUAGAUGAUGGGUCAUGUCCCCCAUAUUCAUCAGAUUCAGAGGAUCAAUAAUUUUAGUAUAAUGUCUCAUAUACUGUAAAUAUAAAAGCAGAUGAAGCCACCUAUCAUUUUGUUAUAUCAAAGAAUUACUUCAACUGGAUAUAGAAACUCAAAUUUACUGUAAAAGAUUGUUCUUCGAAUUAAAAUCGUAAUGACACCAUUUGAUGCACCGAGCAGUGUGAAAAAA